ACCUCUUUCACUUUUCCCACCGCUCGCGCCAUUACCUAGAUCCCCGAAAAAAGUUUUUGCUGUUAUAUAUAAGGCUCACGCCCUCGAAUUAGAACUAACUUAGUUAUUCCGUUCCGAACGCCCUUCUCUCGUCUGCCAUGGCUUCGCUCGAUAUCUCUUCUGUACUCCAGGGAGGCUACCAGCAUCCACUCUCUCGCACCUGGCAGGCAAAGCGCACCCUGACCAAGGCGAUGCUCAUGUACCCGAUCUUCAUAACAGACGACCCCGACGCACACGUCGAGAUCUCCUCACUUCCCGGCCAGUGCAGAUGGGGCGUGAAUAAGCUCGAAGAGUUCAUUGGUCCGUUGGUGCAAAAAGGUCUGAAGAGCGUCAUCAUCUUUGGUGUACCGCUUAAGGUCCCUAAGGACGAAAGUGGUACCCCCGCAGAUGAUGCAGAAGGCCCCGUUAUCCUUGCGAUUAAGAAGCUCCGUGCUCUCUAUCCAUCUCUCUACAUCGCUACCGACGUCUGCCUGUGCGAGUACACUUCGCAUGGACAUUGUGGCAUCCUGAACGAGGACGGAAGCAUCAACCCUGCGCCAUCUGCAACCCGCAUUGCUGAGGUCGCGCUCGCAUACGCCCGCGCAGGCGCACACUGCGUCGCGCCGAGCGACAUGAUGGACGGCCGCAUCAAAGCCAUCAAGCGUGCACUUAUCGAUGCCGGCUUCGGGAAUCGCUGCACGCUCAUGAGCUACUCCGCGAAGUUCGCCAGCGCACUUUAUGGCCCCUUCCGCGACGCUGCGGGCAGUGCACCCUCGUUUGGCGACCGCAAGUGCUAUCAGCUCCCGCCGCAGGGCAAGGGCUUAGCGCGGCGCGCCAUCCAACGCGAUGUUGCAGAGGGUGCAGACAUUAUCAUGGUCAAGCCCGCGCUGCCGUACCUCGACAUCAUCCAGGAUGCAGCGCAGCUUGCUUCGGACCACCCCCUCGCUUGCUACCAGGUUUCUGGCGAAUACGCAAUGGUCGUGGCUGGUGCGCGGGCGGGCGUGUACGACCUUCGUACGAUGGCCUUCGAGACGUGCGAGAGCAUGCUCCGCGCAGGCUGCACGCUCAUCCUCACCUACUUUACGCCCCAGUUUCUCGACUGGCUCGACGAAUAAGCGGCUUCAGCUAUGACAAAAAGAAAGAAAGUGCAUAAUGUACGAUACUCGUGAAUUUAACACUACUGUACCUGGUAUGUUCUCUGCUCUGUAAAAGUGCUCACUCGGGCGGCAAUGAGAUGCCGCAGGCGUUCAAAA